UGACAAAUCAGCAAUGGCGACACGAGCCAAACUUUAACCUGUCAGCAAAACAACAUCGAGGGGGAGUGAACUUGUGGACUGCAGUCAUAUUUUGGGAGAAACAAUAUAACACUUUCACCGAUUUGUGUGCAGAUUCAGUUCCUACAAGAGCUGUCUGGUUUGAUUCCAGCGGUUCAUUAGAUGUCCACCCCAGAAACAUCAGGAGGUAUGUCCCAUCCUGGCCCUUCUCCUGGUGCAGGAUUAUCCCCAGGUCCAAUCCUGGGUCCCAGCCCUGGACCAGACCCUUCUCCUGGCUCGGUUCACAGCAUGAUGGGCCCAGGUUCUGGCCCUGGAACACCGAAUGCACCACAUGGCAUGCCUGGCCAGGCUCAGAGCGAGUUCUCUCAGGAUAGCAUGUAUUCUAUGCACAAGCCCAUGGAUGCAAUGAAUGAUAAAUCCAUGACAGAUCCUCUGCACUAUGGACAUAUGAAAGAUGUGAGGAUGAGAUCGCUCCACAGUGGCAUGGGUCAUCCACAGAGUCCAAUGGACCAACAUAGCCAAGGAUACAUGUCCCCUCAUCCAUCGCCAAUGGGUGUCCAUGAGCAUGCAUCUAGCCCCAUGUCAUCGGGUGGAGGAGGAAGUGGACCCACACCUCCACACAUGCCUCCGUCACAGUCAGGUCCCAUGAUGCCAAUGGACACUCAAGGAUCAGGUCCCAGCAUGGGUCAACAAGGCCGCGGACCUUCUGCUUUCAGCCCAGUUCAGCUUCAGCAGCUCAGAGCCCAAAUCUUGGCCUAUAAGAUUUUGGGACGUGGACAACCAUUGCCUGAAAACCUCCAGCUUGCUGUACAGGGUAAGAGGAGUCUACCAACAUUGCCACAGCAGCAGCAGCCGCAGCAGACGCCUGGGUCUAGUCCCUACAGCAGACCUCCAGGCAUGCCCAUGGCACAAAUGGGUGGUAGCCAAUCAAGUCCCUGCCCGACUCCGGCCAUGCAAGGUCACAGUCAGAGCUCAGGGCCAAAGCCGUGGUCUGAUGGCUCAGGUGGUGAGAAUCAAGUCAAUGCCCAGAAACAUCUCACUCCUGCCACCAGCGGACGCCCAUCACCUGCGCCACCACAGACCCUCGGGGUGCCCUCUGCUCCACUGCCUGGCGGUUCACUCGCCCCGCAAGUACCAGGCCAGCAGGUGUCGCCAAUGCUCCAGAUACAACAGAAGCAGAAUCGCAUCACACCAAUCCAGAAACCUCAGGGCUUGGACCCAGUGGGGAUCCUGCAGGAGCGCGAGUACAGAUUACAGGCUCGAAUUGCACAUCGAAUUCAGGAGCUGGAGAGUCUUCCAGGCUCUCUCCCUCCAGAUCUGAGGACCAAAGCCACAGUGGAGCUCAAAGCUCUGCGCCUACUCAACUUCCAACGGCAGUUGAGGCAGGAUGUGGUGGCAUGCAUGAGGAGAGACACAACUCUUGAGACUGCCCUUAACUCCAAGGCUUACCGACGCAGCAAGCGACAGACUCUCAGAGAAGCUCGAAUGACUGAGAAGCUGGAGAAGCAGCAGAAGCUUGAGCAGGAGAAAAAGCGCAGACAGAAGCAUCAGGAAUAUCUAAACAGCAUUCUCCAGCAUGCUAAAGACUUCAAGGAGUAUCACCGCUCUGUGUCGGGCAAAAUCCAGAAGCUCACCAGGGCCAUUGCCACUUGGCACACCAACACAGAGCGGGAGCAGAAGAAGGAGACUGAGAGAAUCGAGAAGGAGAGAAUGAGAAGGCUUAUGGCAGAAGAUGAGGAGGGCUAUCGAAAGCUUAUUGACCAAAAGAAAGACAAGCGUCUGGCGUACUUGCUGCAGCAGACGGAUGAAUACGUUGCCAACCUCACUUCCUUAGUGUACGAGCACAAGGCGGCGCAAGCUGCAAAGGAGAAGAAGAGAAGGAAGAAGAAAAAGAAGAAGGUGGAUGGAGACGGUGAGGGAACCAGUGCAAUCGGUCCAGAUGGAGAGCCCAUGGAUGAGAGCAGCCAGAUGAGUGAGCUCCCUGUCAAAGUGAUUCAGACGGAAACUGGCAAAGUCCUGCAGGGAACAGAUGCUCCCAAAUCCAGCCAACUGGAGGCCUGGCUGGAGAUGAACCCGGGGUAUGAAGUGGCCCCAAGGUCUGACAGCGAGGAGAGCGGCUCUGAUUAUGAUGACGAGGAAGAGGAGGAAGCGACCAAGGCAGAACCGGAUGAGAAGAAGAUAGCAGAUCCCAGUGGAGAAGGAGUAUUUGUUACUGCUGCCAAGCAUAUCAUCGAGUCAGCCAAGCAGGAUGUAGAUGAUGAGUACAGUGUUGAUGCAGGACAGACCAGCUCCCAGUCCUACUAUGGUGUGGCUCACGCUGUUAUUGAGAGGGUGGAGAAGCAAUCUUCCCUGCUCAUUAAUGGGACGCUCAAACAUUACCAGAUCCAGGGGCUGGAGUGGAUGGUGUCCCUGUACAACAAUAAUUUGAAUGGCAUCCUGGCUGAUGAGAUGGGUCUUGGCAAAACCAUCCAAACCAUCGCACUCAUCACCUACUUGAUGGAGCACAAAAGACUCAACGGUCCCUAUCUCAUCAUUGUUCCUCUUUCGACUUUGUCAAACUGGGUGUACGAACUUGAUAAGUGGGCGCCAUCUGUUGUGAAGAUUGCCUACAAGGGCACCCCAGGUUUGCGUCGUGGACUGGUGCCUCAACUGCGCAGUGGCAAAUUCAAUGUUUUGAUCACGACUUACGAGUACAUCAUCAAGGACAAACAAAUACUUGCCAAGAUUCGUUGGAAGUACAUGAUAGUGGAUGAAGGUCACCGUAUGAAGAACCACCACUGCAAACUGACACAGGUGCUUAACACCCACUACGUGGCUCCUCGUCGCCUCCUGCUCACCGGCACACCACUGCAGAACAAGCUGCCGGAGCUCUGGGCUCUUCUCAAUUUCCUCCUGCCAACCAUCUUCAAGAGCUGCAGUACCUUUGAGCAGUGGUUCAACGCUCCGUUUGCCAUGACUGGAGAACGGGUUGAUCUGAAUGAAGAAGAGACCAUCUUGAUCAUUCGGCGUUUACACAAAGUGCUCCGCCCUUUUUUGCUGCGUCGACUUAAGAAAGAGGUCGAGUCCCAGCUGCCAGAGAAGGUGGAGUACGUCAUCAAAUGUGACAUGUCUGCCAUACAGAAGGUUUUGUACCGCCACAUGCAGAAAGGCAUCCUUCUCACUGACGGCUCAGAGAAAGACAAGAAGGGAAAAGGGGGAGCGAAGACCCUAAUGAACACCAUAAUGCAACUGAAGAAAAUCUGUAACCAUCCCUACAUGUUCCAGCACAUCGAGGAAUCUUUUGCUGAGCACUUGGGUUAUCCAAACGGCAUCAUCAGUGGGCAUGACCUGUAUCGUGCGUCCGGAAAGUUUGAGCUGCUUGAUCGGAUCCUGCCGAAGCUGCAGGCCACCAACCACAGAGUCCUGCUUUUUUGCCAGAUGACCUCCCUCAUGACUAUAAUGGAAGAUUACUUCGGCUAUCGCAACUUUCAAUAUCUGCGCUUGGAUGGAACCACCAAAUCGGAAGACAGAGCAAUGCUGCUGAAGAAAUUUAAUGAGGAAGGGUCUCAGUACUUCAUCUUCCUGCUCAGCACCAGAGCUGGGGGACUGGGGCUCAACCUGCAGGCUGCUGACACUGUCAUCAUAUUCGAUAGUGACUGGAACCCCCAUCAGGACCUUCAGGCUCAGGACCGUGCUCAUCGCAUCGGUCAGCAGAACGAAGUGCGGGUCCUUCGUCUCUGCACUGUCAACAGCGUGGAGGAGAAAAUCCUGGCAGCUGCCAAAUAUAAACUCAACGUGGAUCAGAAGGUCAUCCAGGCUGGGAUGUUUGACCAGAAGUCUUCAAGCCAUGAGCGUCGUGCGUUCCUCCAAGCCAUUUUGGAGCAUGAGGAACAGAACGAGGAAGAAGAUGAGGUGCCAGAUGAUGAAACUCUCAAUCAGAUGAUCGCCCGUAAUGAGGACGAGUUUGAGCUCUACAUGCGCUUCGACAUGGACCGGCGCCGUGAGGAUGCCAGGAACCCAAAACGUAAACCACGUCUCAUGGAGGAGGAUGAACUACCCUCUUGGAUUAUCAAAGAUGAUGCUGAAGUGGAACGACUCACCUACGAAGAAGAGGAGGAGAAACUUUUCGGCCGUGGAUCUCGCUGUCGUCGCGAUGUGGACUACAGUGAUGCUCUGACUGAGAAACAAUGGCUGCGGGCUAUUGAGGAUGGAAAUCUGGAAGAGAUGGAGGAGGAGAUUCGACUGAAGAAGCGGAAACGUAAGAGACGUCAGGACAAGGACUCUUUGAGCAGAGAGGAGUGGGGUAACAAGGCCAAGAAGAGACGCGGACGUCCACCAGCUGAGAAACUCUCUCCAAAUCCCCCGAAACUCACCAAGCAAAUGAACACCAUCAUUGAUACCGUCAUCAACUACAGAGAUGGGUCCGGAAGACAACUGAGUGAAGUCUUUGUCCAACUGCCAUCCAGAAAGGAGCUUCCUGAAUACUAUGAGCUUAUUAGAAAGCCUGUGGACUUCAAGAAAAUCAAGGAACGAGUGCGAAACCAUAAGUACAGAAGUGUGGCUGACCUGGAGAAGGAUGUCAUGCUGCUCUGUUUCAAUGCCCAGACUUUCAAUCUGGAGGGAUCCCAGAUUUAUGAAGACUCUAUCGUCCUUCAAUCUGUCUUCAAGAGCGCCAGGCAGAAAAUAGCCAAGGAUGACGACAGUGAGGACGACAGUGAAGAGGAUGAAGACGACGAGGAUGACUCAGAAACUGAAGCAAAGUCAGUGCGAGUCAAGAUCAAGUUGAGCAAAGAGUCCCGCGGCCAUGACAAAGGUAAGAAGAGACAGUGUCGAAGCAAGGCCAAGCCGGUGGUCAGCGAUGACGACAGUGAGGACGACCUGGAUGACAAUGAUCAGUCGGACAAGAGCGACGACGAGUGAGGACGAGGAUGCUCUUCCUCCAGGAUUUUAUUUGUUGGGGUCACAAACAGAUGUUCUCCAGCCCCGUUUUUAUUUCUCUUCUGUGUUUGUUUUGUCCUUCAUUUAGCUUGGAAAUGUUUGAUGAACAUCCAGCAAUAUCAGUCUGCUUUCUACUGCCCUUUCUAAGCAACAUUUUCUAGUAUAUGUUUACCUACAAAAUAUUACUGUUAGUUUCGCAUCACUUUUAAUUGCUUGCCUGCACUUUGAACAAUGAAUAUUCACUUUUUUUUUUUUUUUUUUUUAAAGUUAAAAUAUAUUUUUUCAUAUGUCACCCUGUGGAGCUGCACGAUCUCAGAAGCCUCUGAGUCAUGUAUCAAAUAUCUACGCUUUUUAUCCCUUUGAAUGUUCAUACGUGCCAAAAAGAACUAAAAUAAUUACACUGCACAGCAGUGUGAUCCAGAUUCACAGAAUCAGACAGGAAGUGCAAACAUGAAAAAUGACCAAAUGUUGCUGUAGAAGCACUUAAUAAACAUUCGCACUUUAAAUUAAUAUCAGCACCUUCACCUCUGCCAAAAUCCAGAGCGCAGUCAGAGUUAAAGUGAAUUAAAAAGAGCACUUCCCUUCUCAUCCAUAUAAUGUGAUGGCAUUGACAUAUUCAGCAUAUCUGGAGUGAUGACGUCGUGCAGCCCUAUCCCCAAGGUGGUUCUGCGACUGCUCCAAAGUAGGAAUGAUCAGUCGUAGCUUGUUGUGUGUCUCCUUGAUGACCAUGUUCUUGCAGUGCCAAACACAUAGAGCUGAAUUUAGCAGUAAGUCCUUCUAUUUUGAUCUUGUCCUGACGUGUGUGGACCUCCUAUGGCCAGCUGUGAUCAGACAAUCUCUCCAAGGGGUGGACCCGCUUUAAUUCAUAUGAGGAGCCGUUUUAAAUUGACCCCAGGCUGCAGCCAGACUGCUGCCUUUUCCCUUUAAGAACGUCUUCUGCCGGGCGAAGGUCAUGGCUGUCGGUGUGGCCUGAGGGCUCAGCAAGGAGGCGUUCAGUUUAUUUACCAGUUUUUAUUUGUGGUGUUUUUCAUCUCACCCUUCAGCCAACAGCUGAGAUUACCUUGACCUUGACCCUGAGGCACAUGACUGACUUUGAAGAUUAAUUCUUGCCUCUUACCAUUUUACAGCUUAAUUUGAAAAAGCCAGAAUAGAGGAUGCAUCAGUUUGAGAGUUGCAUUCAUGACAAAUAUUCGUGAGGUUUUAUUACGUUGACUAUUUUCCUUUCUGUCUUGGUCAUCAACCAGCGUUUUUCAAUGACCCAUAUUGACCCGCCGGCGCUGGGAAGACCCUCGAGUUGAUGAGUGAUUGGCUGAAAUGUGUGCAGUCACUCACUUCUGGCUGUCAGGUCGACGGCUUGUAAAACAAAAGUGCAGUAGUGUUUUCUGUCAGAUGUUUUGCCUAGUGAAGCAGCGUCACUUCAAAUGGCUUUUAUUAUCAGUCCUAACUCGCGGCACAUCAAGUUUUCUUUUCUAUAUCCUCGUGAAAAUAAGCUUCAUUUAUGCCAAUGUUUGUUGUUGGAGCACUGUCUUAUCGACAAAAACAGCCCAUAAACGCAGUUUUGUUUUCAAGAGGAAAAUGUGCUCGCACCCUGCAGCGCCUUUUCCAGCUGCUCGUAAAGCAGCCAAUCUGGGCUGGAACUCUGCAGUUGGCAACACAUCAGUAUUAGAAGUUUUCAAAUUUAGAUUUUUGUACGAUGAGCCGUUCGUUGUUUGUGGCAUGUUUUCUUUCUCGCAGUAUACCGUGUUCUGGUCAAGUGCAGACGUUUGUUUUGCUUUGCGUGACGUGCUUGCCGACGUUUAAGUGUGUCUUACCCAUUGCUUUCUUUGCACAGUGUCUAUGUGGGUGUAACUUGUAGCCCGGGGCGAAUAAAAUCUCACCGAUUUUCAGCACAGAUCAUG